AUGGCGUCUGCACUACCGAGGUUACCCGUCUUCGAGGCGAUUUCGCGCCAUGACCCGAAUUCGAUCGCCGUGAUUCAUUCGAAUAGCGGACGCCAGUUUCGAUAUGGGGAGUUGUUAGGCGACGUGUGCAAGGUUCGAAACCGUCUAUAUGAGACCGCUGGGAGGGAUGACCUCGACGGCGAGCGUAUCGCGUUCCUGGUCGAAAACAGCUACGACUAUGUGGUCACGUUUCUGGCUAUCCUCGCGGCCAAGUCCAUAGCGGUACCGCUUUCCCCAGCUUUCCCAGCGCCGGAGGUACAAUAUAUCUUGAACCAUAGCGAAGCAAUUGUGCUUUUAUCAUCCGCAAAGUUCGCCUCGAAAGCGGAGGAAGUCUUGAGGACCGAAUUGGACGUUCAGCCCGCGUACCUACGUAUGAACAAGUUCGAAGGGCAGGGUGCCCACGAAAACGUCACAUUGGAUAAGUCCGACCCGGGUUCCGCAGGCAUGAUGCUCUAUACAUCUGGGACCACGAAUCGACCGAAAGGCGUCCUCCUCCCCCAGUCCGUCAUGACAGCACAAGCCAAAUCUUUACUACAGGCGUGGGAAUACUCACCCUCUGAUCACCUCCUCCACGUUCUGCCGUUGCACCACAUCCACGGCACCAUCAAUGCCAUCUUCACCCCGCUCUUUUCCGGCAGCACUAUCGAGUUCCUCUUCCCCUUCAACGCCGAUGCAGUAUGGCGCCGCUUGGCCGCUCCCUUCCUCACACCGGACCAGACCCCCAACGCGGACUUGACCCAGCAUCAACACCGCAAAAUUACCUUCCUCACCGCUGUCCCAACCAUCUACGCCCGGCUCCUCACUACCCACAAAGCCCUACCCCCAGACAUGCAAAGCGCCACGCGCACCGCCAUCUCGCCCGCUAACUUACGCCUCGCCAUCUCCGGUUCCGCCGCCCUUCCAACCCCGAUCAAGCGCGCCUGGUCCGAGCUGAGCGGCGGGAACGUACUACUUGAGCGUUUUGGCAUGACGGAAGUCGGGAUGGCGCUCAGCUGCGGGCUCGAUGUGGUCGACCGUGUAGACGGUUCCGUCGGCUGGCCACUUCCCGGCGUGGAGGCGCGUCUAGUCGAUGUCGACACACACCAAUUGAUCGAGCCCGGCCAGGAACGCGACGCUGACGGUCGCGAGCGCGUUGGCGAGAUCCAGCUGCGCGGGCCUACCAUCUUUACUGAGUACUGGCGCAAUCCGGAGGCGACAGUUAAAGAGUUUGUGGAGUCCAAGGACGGCCGGGGCCAGUGGUUCAAGACGGGCGACGUAGCAGUGCGCCGAGCCGUGGACGGCGCGGGGCGGAGCGUCCUGCCGAGCCAGAAGGACUGGGCGAGAGGGGACCUGUACUUCAUUCUAGGGCGCCGUAGCGCCGACAUCAUCAAGAGCGGGGGCGAAAAGGUUUCAGCAUUGGAGGUAGAGCGGGAAAUGCUCUCCUUACCGCAGGUUGCUGAGGUGGCCGUGCUGGCUGUACCCAGCGGGAAAUGGGGCCAAAAGGUCGGGGCGGUAGUGAUCCUCGACAAAGAACGCUUGCCUGACGGGAAGUGGUCGCCACUAGAGAUGCGCCGCGCCCUGAAGGGGAGGCUGGCGGGCUACAAGAUCCCUCAGGUACUAAGAGUGGUGGAUCACAUCCCGAGGAACGCAAUGGGCAAGAUCAACAAGAAAACACUGGUCAAGGAAAUAUUUAUCGACGACUUCAGCGGGGAUGAGCUGUAA